AUGGAGUCCAAAGGUGGUUCUGCUUCGGAGGGUGCAAAUAGUUUAUCCGUUAAGCCAUUGAAGAUCUCAACGUCGCCGAGAUCUCCAAGGUCACCCAGGUCUCCGAGGUCUCCGAAGUACCCAAGGUCUCCGAACGAAUAUGGCAGACAUGGCUCUAGAAAGGAGAGCCCGAUCAAGGGGAGUCCAAGCAGAGUGAGCAGCCCAGUCAGGUAUGAACGGCGUUCAAAUUCCCCAAGAGAUGGGCGGCCUAAAAAAGGUGGAGCCGGGGGAAAGGGUACCUGGGGAGGAUUGUUUGAUACAGAUGACAAUAAUUUUCUUGACCCAAAAGAUCCGAACUAUGAUAGCAGUGAGGAAUUUGAACGUGUAAAUAUAAGGAAAUCAGCUGUGGAUUUGAUUGAGUACAAAAAGAAAGCAACAGUAAUUGUGGAGGAAUACUUUACCACUGAUGAUGUUGUGUCGACAGCAAAUGAAUUGAGAGUGCUUGGAAUGCCUAGCUAUAACUACUAUUUUGUAAAGAAGCUUGUCUCUCUUGCUAUGGAUAGGCACGACAAAGAGAAAGAGAUGGCUGCUCUUCUGUUAUCUGCUCUUUAUGCCGAUGACAUUGAUCCGCCGCAGGUUUAUAAAGGAUUCAGGAAAUUGGUGGAAUCUGCAGAUGACUUGAUUGUUGAUAUACCUGAUACGGUUGAUGUUUUAGCAUUGUUCAUAGCUCGAGCUGUGGUUGAUGACAUUCUCCCACCUGCAUUUUUGAAGAAACAAAUGGUUUCCUUGCCUAAGGAUUCCAAAGGAGUUGAAGUAUUGAAAAGGGCUGAGAAAGGUUACCUCGCGGCUCCUCUUCAUGCAGAAAUUAUAGAAAGGCGAUGGGGAGGUAGCAAGAAUAAGACAGUUGACGAAGUGAAGGAGAGGAUAAACAAUUUGUUGAUUGAGUUUGUGGUGAGUGGUGACAAAAAAGAGGCCUACAGAUGCAUCAAAGAAUUGAAAGUUCCAUUUUUUCACCAUGAAAUAGUUAAACGGGCUCUAAUGAUGGCAAUGGAGAGACGCCAAGCUGAAGGAUGGUUACUAGAUUUACUGAAAGAAGCUUCUGAAGAAGGUUUGAUCAAUUCUAGCCAAAUAACAAAAGGGUUUAACAGGAUUAUCGACACUGUGGAUGAUUUAUCACUUGACAUACCAAAUGCUAGAAAAAUAUUGCAUACAUUGAUUUCCAAGGCAGCAUCCGAGGGCUGGUUGUGUGCUUCAUCUUUGAAAUCACUCUCAUUGCAGCCAGGAAAGAGGUCACUAGAGGAUAGUGCUUGUAAAAAUUUUAAAAUCAAGGCUCAAUCAAUCAUUCAAGAGUAUUUCUUGUCUGUUGACAUUUUAGAGGUACAAAGCUGUCUAGAUUCAGAGAACAGCACAUCUUCUGAUGAACUGAAUGCUAUCUUUGUCAAGAAACUGAUAACUCUUGCCAUGGAUAGAAAGAACAGAGAAAAGGAAAUGGCUUCUGUUCUGCUGUCAUCUUUAUCCUUCCCUCCUGAUGAUGUUGUCAGCGGUUUUGUGAUGCUGCUAGAAUCAGCCGAUGACACUGCUCUCGACAACCCAGUUGUGGUUGAAGAUCUUGGAAUGUUCUUGGCUCGAGCAGUGGUGGACGAAGUCCUGGCACCUCUUCACUUAGAAGAGAUUGCCAGCCAGUUUUCGGGGCCAGAAUCGAUAGGUAGCAAAGUGCUGCAAAUGGCAAAGUCACUGCUGAAUGCAAGACUUUCUGGAGAGCGGAUACUAAGAUGCUGGGGAGGCGGGGGGACCAGCCAGUCAGGCUGGGCUGUGGAGGAUGUCAAAGACAAAAUUGGAAAGCUACUAGAAGAGUAUGAAUCCGGAGGAGAGGUACAAGAAGCUUUCCGCUGCAUAAAGGAAUUAGGCAUGCCAUUUUUCCACCAUGAGAUUGUCAAAAAAGCACUAGUGAGUGUCAUUGAGAAGAAGAAUGAAAGGCUCUGGGGGUUGCUCAAGGAGUGUUUUGACUCAGGACUCAUCACCAUGAAUCAAAUGACAAAAGGGUUCGAGAGAGUGGAAGAAUAUCUUGAUGACUUAGCCUUGGAUGUGCCUGAUGCUGAGAAGAAAUUCAUACAUUAUGUUGAAAGAGCCAAAGCUCAAGGUUGGCUGGAAUCCUCAUUUUCUUUCACCAAACUGAAACAUAUACAAGAGAAUGGAUAUUGUUAAAACCAAUUAAUGAGGUAUGCACGGUGUCGUAUUAGUACCAUAGGAUAACUUUAUAUUAAUAUAUUUUGGCAGCUACCUGUAGAGAGCUUGUUAGCUCUUGUAGUUUAUGUAUUUUUGAGAAACUAAUCAAAUAUGCAAUUGCAGUGGAACCUGAAUGAUGUUUUGUAAA